AUGAAGGUUGGAUCAAUCCUAGACUGGGCGCGGCUGCCAUCCAGUCAUGGCUCAGAGGCAAGCUUCUGGAUCAAUGGAGAUAUCCUUCCGCUGCCGCCACAUCGGCGCCUAUGGACAACUGGAACAUUCUUCCUGUUUUGGUUGACCAACCAGGUAGCUAUCUCAAACUUUCAGAUCGGCUCAUCACUUGUGUCAGCUGGUCUAUCGGUCUGGCAGGCAAUCAUAGCUAUCAUCGUGGGGAAGGUCAUCAUUUCACUAGUCGCAAUUGCCAACGGUUUUGUCGGCGCUGAAUGGCAUAUUGGGUUUCCCGUGGUAUCCCGCUAUAUCUGGGGUGUCUAUGGCGCCUACCUCGCGAUUGUCCAGAGAAUCAUUCUGAGCUUAGUAUGGUUCGCAGUCCAAUCUUGGACUGGAGGACUAUGCAUUAUCAAUAUUUUAUCAGCAAUUUUUCCAAGUUUUGAGAGCAUGGACAACCACUUCCCUGAGUCAGCAAACAUGACUACACGACAAUUCAUAGGAUGGGUCCUGUUUAACAUCCUGAUGAUUCCGGUACUUUAUAUCAAACCAGAGAACUUCAGAAAAGCCCUGGUAUGGUUCAAUGCUCUCUCUGCAGUAACGCUCAUUUCCAUGGUAAUCUGGGCCAUGGCCACUGCUCAUGGGGCCGGCCCUCUCUUGGUGCAGGGCUCUCAAACUAUGGGCUCUGGCGAACUUGGAUGGGCCAUCACCAAAGGUGUUACAACGGUUAUUGGCGGUAUUGCGGUUGGACUUACGAACCAGCCAGACUACUCAAGAUUCGCUCGCCGACCAGGAGACCAAAUUUUCGGCCAGUGGUUCUCCAUUAUAGUGUUUGGUGCUUUCUUUCCGUUGCUAGGGUGCCUACUAGCCUCGGCGACCCAGCAGCUUUACGGUGAAGCGGUCUGGAACCCACCUGAUGUUGUCCAAAAGUGGCUUGAUACGGACUAUAACGCUCGGUCACGGGCGGGCGCAUUUUUUGCUGGGUUUGGCCUCGUGGCAACCCAGCUCAGCAUCAACUCUGUCGAUAAUGCCUUUUCGGCUGGAAUGGACCUUGCUGGACUGUUCUCAAGAUACAUCAACAUUCGACGUGGCGCAUACAUUGGCCUCAUAUUGAGUAUCGCUCUCUGUCCCUGGGAGUUAAUUGCUUCAGCCAGUGUCUUUAUCAGUGUGCUGUCCGCCUACAGCACCUUUCUGGGCCCUAUGAUCGGCAUACAAAUCUGUGAUUAUUUUUUGAUACGGCAUAGACGCAUCAAGCUCUCAGAUCUCUACCAUCCAGGACCGGAUGGGUUUUACUAUUUCUGGAAGGGCGUGAAUCCUAGGGCAUUCGUCGCUUGGAUUUGUGGCUUUGCCACGCAGCUCCCUGGGUUCGCGGCAAGUGUCACACCCAACAGUGUACGCGUUGGACAGGGUUGGACAAGACUAUACUACUUGGCAUUUCCGCUGGGCUUUGCGAUUUCAUUCGUGAUUUACUUCAUCGUCAACACAAUUUGGACACCUAUUGGUGUAGGCGAAAUAGACACAGAGGAUUACUAUGGCACUUUCACAGAAGAAGAAGCCUUGAAGAUGGGAGUCUUGCCAAUGACGGAGGGGGUGGAUGCUGUCUCUAGUUUGAAGGGUUUCAGUGACCCAACAGUAUAA